AUGGCUCCAACUAAGCCUGGAAAGACAGACGAGCCAGAGACGGACUUUGAACGUCUUGUUCAGAUGAUGGAAAACAUAUCAAAGCAAGUGGUAGAUUCGGACACUAGAUCCAAACUCGUGGAACGUCGCCUUGCAGACUUAGAAGCAGCUAACCAACAUGAUGAAGCAAGUGUGAAUGGAGAAGAGAGGAAUCAUGAUCGACAACGUUAUGAUAGAAGGAAUGAUCGAGACGCAGAGAGGCACAAUUUUCAUCGUGGCUAUGAGCAAGACCCUGAUGAAACGGUGAUGAGAUCAGUGAAAGUUGACACUCCUAAUUUUGAUGGUGAGCUAAAUCCUAAAGCACUCCUCGACUGGUUAGCUACCAUGGAUUGCUACUUUGAGUGGCAUGACAUGUCUGAAGCUCGAAGGGUGAGAUUUGCUAAGAUAAAAUUGGUGGGUCAAGCUAGAUUGUUUUGGACCAAUGUUGAAACACAGCUAAAGGGAGCUGGUGAAGAACCAAUCAUCCAUUGGGGUGAGAUAAAAGAAAGGUGGAAGCAGAAAUAUCUACCAUUAUCCUAUCAACAGAGUUUGUUGGACGAGUGGCAAACUCUUCGUCAAGAUGACAUGCCAGUUGCUGAAUAUAUUGCAAAAUUUGAGGAAUUCAUGUUGCGAUGUGACAUAAGGGAAGAUCGAAGGAUGACUAUUUCUCAGUUUAGAUCAGGACUUCGUCCAGAGCUUCAAAGGGAAUUAAUUCCUCAUACUAUGAAAACUUUAGAGAGGGUUUUUCAGAUGGUACAAGAAUUAGAGAAGUAUUUAAAGUCGUCCAAUGUAGUCAAGCAAACUGAUUCUCAAAUAUCUGAUUGUCAUGUUGGCACAUCUGUGACUCCAAGUUCUACGACUCCAACAUCUACGACUAAUUUAGUAAAAACUGCCAAGGGAAAAGGAGUGCUAGUUGAUACACAGAUGCCAAGGUUUUGA